AUGGGUGACUGGUCCAUACUGGGCCGCUUCUUGUCCGAGGUUCAGAACCACUCCACAGUGAUCGGAAAGAUCUGGCUCACCAUGCUGCUCAUCUUCCGGAUCCUGCUGGUGGCGCUGGUGGGCGACGCCGUCUACAGCGAUGAGCAGUCCAAGUUCACCUGUAACACCCAGCAGCCCGGCUGCAGCAACGUCUGCUACGACACCUUCGCUCCCGUCUCACACCUGCGUUUCUGGGUCUUUCAGAUCGUGCUGGUCUCCACCCCGUCCAUCUUCUACAUCGUCUUUGUUCUGCACAAGAUUGCCAAGGACGAGAAGCUGGACAGCCAGAGAGCACAGGUGGUGGCCCAGAGGCCCCCCAGGCAGAGAUGCAGCCACGUGGGGAAGGACGGUAUGGAGGCCCUGAGGGUGAGCAUGCCCCCCUACUGUCCUCACUACAGUGAGGAGUGGGGGGUGGGGGAGAGGGAGGGGGUAGAAGAAAGCUACCUGCGGGAGGAUUACGGCGAGUUAGGAGAGGACCCCACCCAGCAGUCCAACCAGGUUCUGCUCAUCUACAUCCUCCAUGUGCUCCUGCGAUCCGUCAUGGAAAUCACCUUCCUGGUGGGUCAGUACUUCCUGUUUGGGUUCGAGGUGCCUCACCUGUACCGCUGCGAGACCUACCCCUGCCCGACCCGAACCGACUGCUUCGUGUCUCGAGCCACGGAGAAAACCAUCUUCCUGAACUUCAUGUUCAGCAUCAGCCUCGGCUGCUUCGUGCUCAACAUCGCGGAGCUCCACUACCUGGGCUGGGUUUACAUCUUCCGCAUCCUGUGCUCGGCCUGCUCCACCUGCUGCAGUCAGGAGAGGGACACCGUCAAACUCUACUCCAACCACAACCCCCUCCUGCUGCAGCUCCGGCACUCUCUGAGGAGCCAGCUGGUCCUGCAGACCCCGGGGGCCAUGGCUCCAGAGAAGACUGGAGGUCUGCUCACGCACGCCCCCGCCAUCUCCUUUGAGACGGACUCCACGGUGGAGUGCACCUCCAAGAGAAACCCAGAGAGCAGAGACAAGGUGAAGGUGAAGCUGGCCAACAUGGCCCGGCUGGGACGGACUAAGAAGUCCUGGCUGUGA